GGGCGGCCAUGGCCAUUCCCGGCAUCCCCUAUGAGCGACGGCUUCUCAUCAUGGCGGACCCUAGAGAUAAGGCGCUUCAGGACUACCGCAAGAAGCUACUGGAGCACAAGGAGAUCGACGGCCGUCUCAAGGAGUUAAGGGAACAAUUAAAAGAACUUACCAAGCAGUAUGAAAAAUCUGAAAAUGAUCUGAAGGCCUUACAAAGUGUUGGGCAGAUUGUGGGUGAAGUACUUAAGCAACUAACUGAGGAAAAAUUCAUUGUUAAAGCUACAAAUGGACCAAGAUAUGUUGUGGGUUGUCGUCGACAGCUUGACAAAAGUAAGCUGAAGCCAGGAACAAGAGUUGCUUUGGAUAUGACUACACUAACAAUCAUGAGAUAUUUGCCAAGAGAGGUGGAUCCAUUGGUCUACAACAUGUCUCAUGAGGACCCUGGGAAUGUUUCUUAUUCUGAAAUUGGAGGACUAUCAGAACAGAUUCGGGAAUUAAGAGAGGUGAUAGAAUUGCCUCUUACAAACCCAGAAUUAUUCCAGCGUGUAGGAAUAAUACCUCCAAAAGGCUGUUUGUUAUAUGGACCACCAGGCACAGGAAAAACACUCUUGGCACGAGCUGUUGCUAGCCAGCUGGAUUGCAAUUUCUUAAAGGUUGUGUCUAGUUCUAUUGUAGACAAGUACAUUGGUGAAAGUGCUCGUUUGAUCAGAGAAAUGUUUAAUUAUGCCAGGGAUCAUCAACCAUGCAUUAUUUUUAUGGAUGAAAUAGAUGCCAUUGGUGGUCGUCGGUUUUCUGAGGGUACUUCAGCUGAUAGAGAGAUUCAGAGAACUUUGAUGGAGUUACUGAAUCAAAUGGAUGGAUUUGAUACUCUACAUAGAGUUAAAAUGAUCAUGGCUACAAACAGACCAGAUACACUGGAUCCUGCUUUGCUUCGUCCUGGAAGAUUAGACAGAAAAAUACAUAUUGACUUACCAAAUGAACAAGCAAGAUUAGACAUAUUGAAAAUCCAUGCAGGUCCCAUUACAAAGCAUGGUGAAAUAGAUUAUGAAGCAAUUGUGAAGCUUUCAGAUGGCUUUAAUGGCGCAGACCUGAGAAAUGUUUGUACUGAAGCAGGUAUGUUUGCAAUUCGUGCUGAUCAUGAUUUUGUAGUACAGGAAGACUUCAUGAAAGCAGUCAGAAAAGUGGCUGAUUCUAAGAAGCUAGAGUCUAAAUUGGACUACAAACCUGUGUAAUUUACUGGAAGGUUUUUGAUGACUGCAUGACAGAUACUGGCUUAAUGUAAAAAUAAAGUUAAGGAAAAUAAUGUAUGUAUUGGCAAUGAUCUAAUUAAAAACACAUGAAUAAAAGUAAGUAUGAAUAACAUUGUAAAAAUUAGUAAUUCAGUAAUUCUACUUUUAAGAUUGGUACAGAAGAAAUUUGUAUGUUUGUUAAUGUUGCAUUUAUUGCAGCAAAAGUUACAAGACUGUGUUAAAGCUUUUCGUAUUUGCUGUGUGAGCAUUUUGUAAAACAUUGAAAGUAGUUUGAAAUAGUACGAGAGCAUUUCUUAUGACUUAUUUUGUAUCAUUUGUUUUCCUCAUCCUGAAAAGUUGAAUAAAAUCUGUUUGAUUCAGUUCUCCUACACAAAUUUUUGUCUUUUUUAAAAGUACAUUUAUUAUAGUUCUUUAGGUUCUUUAGUAAGUAAACUACGUAAUAACUAAAAUGAAUUUUAUUUAGAUGAUAGGUUUUGAAUUUUAAAACUACACCCACAUUCAGUGUUCCUAAGAACAUGUUGUUAUACAAAGCAUAGACAUGUGUGUUUAUAUCAAUAAUGGAAGGUUUUGUUUACUUUUUACUUACUAUGAUUAGGCUGUGUAAUAGUUAAUUGGAAAAGUACAUGCACAUCCAUAACCUUUUUUUAGAUUAUGAUUAAAAGUAAUUGCUAACAAA